AUGGGGGUGCUGGCUUCCAACUCAACAGGGACACUAGGGAUGGAGGGCGCUGUCCGCAGGACGCUGAAUUCGGCUGGAGGGGGUAGGGGGCAUCGGCCCGUGCGUGAGCGGGAGGGCGCAGAAAACCACGUUCCAACCCCGGGAGGCAUUACUAGGAGGGAGAGUUGGAGUUGGCUGCGGGCCCGCGGCCGCCUGCGGACGGGGCUGCCGACACCAGGGGGCAGCACCGACCUGGGGCCGCGGGCAGAGACGCGAACCGGAGGAAGGUGGCUGCGAAGGACUGGCCGGGCGGCCUCGUCGCAGCUGCAUUCUGGGCGCGUCGUUGCUGCAACAACACGGCCCAGGCGCCCCGCGUACCCGCUGCUCCAGUGCCCCAAGGCCUCCUUAACCCUUCAGGGCCUGGCACCAGGGGCCCUGGACGGCAAGGCUGCCGGCACUCGGGCCUGUGAGGAGGGCGUGUGUGGGGACCGCGUUUCCUCCCCCGUUAAUCAGAGUCUUCCGAGCCCUCAAGCCAUUCCUGCCCCCACUCCUCCGCUGCUGCGAUCUCGAGCCGGAGCGGCCGCUCCUGCCCUGCCGAAGGGCGCGGAGCCCGGGGGCACCUCACCAGCGCACCGCCAGCUCCGGCGCGGGGCAUUCCCGGGGACGGGAGGGGCGCGAUCGGCCUUGCGCUCCCCAGGACGCCUCCGCAGAACUACCGGGCUGGAGGCCCCGACCCCCCACUUCCUGGCUGUGGGACGGCCCCUAGAGGGACAGAGCCUCAAGGAGCUUGAUUUAAACUCUGAGCCUGCCUUCCUCCGCUUUGGGAAGGACUCAAACUCCAAUCCUGCUUCCUCUCCCUCCUGCGCCGUCCUUGACCCCAAAGUUCGGGGCACCAGCCGGCAAGCAGGGUCCCGAAAAAGUCGGAGCGCUCCGUGCUCUCUGGACUGGGCGGCGGCGGAGGGGAGUCCCGUGGGCAAAGGGGAGGGAGUCGGAGCCCCGGGUCCUCUCUGGGCACUCUCCCGGGAGCGCCUUCAGGAGUGGAGGCUGACCCACUCCGGAAGCACCGGAUUUCCAGAGCCGGAGGCCACCCCUGUUUUCCCUGUCCCUCCUCUUGGCGCCGGGAGCGAACCUGGAGCCCGCUCAGUCCGCGGGCCGCGGCAACUCCCCAAAUGCCCACGAGAUGGCGCUCCAGGCCAGGGGCCGGCUGUGGCCGGACCGCGCACCCUGGGCUAGAGCCGGAGCUGGACAGAGGGACCCCCGGUGAGAUGGGCACAGAGACGGAACCACGGGCUGACGUAGAUCCAGGCCCAGAGACCGGCCAAGGCAGCCGAGGACCGAGGGGUUCCGGACCGGGGCUGCGAACACAUGAAUGGGGCCGCCUCCCCUUUUCCUUGGGGCUGCCCUGCAGUGUCAACUCCCCGACCUGAGAGGCCCAGUUGCAAACACCGGCCCGUCGUCUUCUGUGUGUCUGGCUGGGCUGGGGCCCUCGCGAUCCCUCUCGGGGCAGGGAGGCCACCUUCCUCCAGUCUUCCGGGCCUCUCAGAAGCGGAGCUAUGGCAGGGAUGGGAUCCAUGAACAGCUCUGGCCAGCGGGAGCCUGGGGGCCCCCUCGACGGUGGGGGUGGAAAGUUGAGACCGCUCUGGAGUCGGCCAGGAUCCAGUGCUCCUCCCACCGAAAGGUCCGCCUCCGCUGCUACCUGCGGGUCCUCACCUCCCUCGCCGGGUCUUCAGGGUCAAGGGCGGGGCGUGCAGGAUGGGCCUUGUGAAGCUGCUCACCUAAGAUCCUGACUCCAUACGCCCGGGUGCCAGAGGCUUUGGGUCUGUGUUAUCCCAGCGGGAGGUGGUGGGGAAUGGGAGGAUCGGGGGUCAGCCUGACAAUCUCUCCCUUGGAUUAAAAGCCACCAAGGUUUGGGGUCAGGUUUGA